AUAAUACUUACUAAAUCCAUUGAACAGGAAAUAGAGAAGGCAGUAAAAGUCACUAAAGGGAAAAAGAAGCUAAACAAAAAUGGGUGUAGUUGGGUUUGGCCAUCAAGUAUCCUGUGGUUGUGUCUGUUCUAUUAUGUUACAGAAGUUGUAGGCUAGAAAGGAAAUAGAAAAGGAAGUAAUAGUCACCAGAGGAAAGAAGAAGCUAAACAAAAAUGGUUAUUCUUGGGUUUGGUCAUCAAGUAUCCUGUGGUUGUGUUCUCUUUUGUUUGAGACAUUGAGCUUGUGACCCAGUCAUUCCAAUGACAGUUUACAAAAGUGUGAUGUAGGUGUUCCAAAUAGGUUGAAGCCUAUUGUAUCAUAUCAUUGCAAAUUAAAUGAUCUUAAAAUUACAUAAUACUUUUCUUGAUAUGAUAUAGCAUUCCUCAUUCCCCAUGCAUAACAAGCUUAAGCUUACUAGUUACUGUGGAAACUGCUGCUUGCUGUUGAUUGUGAGCUUGAUCUUCAUUAAGAUAUUAAAUCCUUUUAAUUUAGGCUUUGGAUCUUGGAAGGGGUGCGGAUCAAAAUGGUUAUAUGGUAGAGGAGAUCUGGCAAGAGCUUGCAAAAGCUAAAUACCUACAAUGGGAGCAUGUAUCUAGCAAGCGUUCAUGGGAAUUACAAAGCUUGAAGGAUGCUUGCGAAAGUGCUCUUAAAGUAGAACAUGUUUUUGACAUUUCUGAAGCAGAAGGCUUUUUAGAUGAAGUUAGUGCUUCACAUUUGAAUCAAUUGGAGGCCCUGGGACAGGUGUUUAGAAAAGCUGCUGAAGCGGAUACACCAAGUGAGGUGCCGGAUCACCUUUGCUGUAAAAUAACACUUGAUAUAUUACGUGAUCCUGUCAUCACUCCUAGUGGAGUUACAUAUGAGAGAGCUGUGAUCCUAGAACAUCUAGAGAAGGUGGGUAGGUUUGAUCCAAUCACACGGGAACGUCUCCUUCCUUCCCAACUUGUUCCAAACUUGGCAAUAAAGGAAGCAGUCCAAGCAUUUUUAGAUAGAAAUGGUUGGGCAUACAAAGUGUGGUGAAAGUUGAUUGUUCUAACUGCAGGAUGAAACGUGCAGUCACGUUGGUCACACUUGCGCGUUUGAUUUCUGAACGGUCUUUGGAGCGCAACUAUGCCACCAAGCAAAUGGUCAGAUGAUCCUUUGAACUGUACAGUUAUUCUUACAACAAUUUGCUCUUAAUAUUGUAUAGAUGCUGAAUUGUGCUACAGAUGAGUACCCUUGAAUGGGUUUCUCUUUCCUGGUAAUAGAAAGGAACUUUCGUACUUUCUUCUGUACUGUUAGCACUGGUGAAGAAUCUCACUUUCACAUUAUAAACGAAGCUAAACAUUUCGAUGUGUGGAUUGAAGUUUAAGUUUUAUUGUUUGUGUCCUGGCUUCUAAUUUUUCAAGUAUUCUUGUAUAAACAAAAAAAGGAUUG